AUGGACGCUCACGCCCACCUCCUCUCGCUGGGCUGGGCAGGGCCAGGCCACGCGCUCGACUCGAAACCCUACAAGCAGAAAGGCCACCGGGGCCUCGCAUACGACCCCUCCCAGGCUUCCAACACAGGAAAUGGCCUAGUGAAACCACUCCUCGUCUCCCAACGGCAGGGACGUCUGGGGAUCGGGAAAAAGGCGCAUGAGCCCCAGGCCGGGAACGAGUGGUGGUUGAAGGGCUUCGAAAGUGCGUUAGGAAACAUCGGCAAGAGUGAGAGUGAGAGGAGCAGUGGCGCGUCGACGCCUGUGCCCAACUACACUGGGCGCAAACAUAGUGGUCUGUACAGCUUCUUUGUCAAGGGCCAGGAGAUGGCAGGCACGAUCGAUGAGAAUGGCGUGAUCACGAAUACGAAGAAGAGAAAGGCGGAGCUUUCGGACAAAGUAGACGAUUCGAACAGUGAACAGUCUACGACAAAGACCCCUUCGGAGUCGAAAAGGCUAAAGAAAUCCCCGCUGGCUGUUGAGUUCGAGCAGGUCUCCGAGUAUAUCGCUCUACGCGACAAGGGCGAGAAGCGCCGAGGACGGACAGAAAGGCCCAGCCCCGUGGAGGAAUUCCGGCAGGUGGGCGAGUACAUCCAGGCGCUAUCGCAGAGGGAGAGCAAGAAAAGGAAGCGACGGUCUGAUGAAGAGCCUGACGGAGCGGACACGGCUUCAGCCGACAUCAAAUUCCCCGAGGUUGUGGAAACAAAAGAUGAUAGGCGGGAGCGUCGGAGGCAGCGGAGGGAGGAGAAGGACAGGCUCCGCUCCGAGGAAGCCUCAGCAGCAGAAGGCCGUAAUGGCCGUCCAAAGCGUACUGAGCACGAGGAAGACGACCCCGCUGCGAAGGCUGCUCGGAAGGCCGAGCGCAAAAAGCGGAAAGCCGAGAAGGCAGCGAAGCUGUUAGUUGACUGA